CCGGGUACCCCUUCAGGAGCCAAGGGCAUGCUGCUGCAUGAGGUGACGGAGGCGUGGCCAGCAGCAGCGAGACGGAAGUAGUAGUAAGUUGGUAUGCUGUACAAGCGUAACAUCAUGGUAGGUUAAUCAAAUAACAUGACGCAAACAAACUAAAGGACAUGCUCGCGAACAAGUUGAGGCUGCGCAUAAGCGCAGCGCGUGAGCAUUGCAAUGCUCAAUUGACUUCUAACACUGCAUACGCUAAUGAAAAUUACUGCAAUGCGGGGCAAGCCGCGGCUUUCUCAGAAGCCGACGGGGAUUCCGCAAUCCUCAUCAUCCCUACUAGACUCCUCACAAACUGACAGCAGCGAAGAGCAGUGGCCCAGCCAGCAGCCGCUGCCGCCCACGCCGCUUUCCCCAGCGACCGCUCGCGUCCUCGCCCGCACCUUCCGCGCCGGCGACCUCGCCUUUGCUAGCGCGGCCCCCCUGCGGCUCUGGUGCAAAGGACCAGCGACUCGGGACUCUAGCACCGCUGCCGCUUCAACUGGGGGCUCGGCGAGCGGCGCAGCCAGCCGGGCAGCACUGCCGGGAGGCGGCGCGGCGGGAGUCGUGACGGGGAAUUUCCCGGCGGCAGGCGGGCAGGCGGACGAGGAGAAGGCGGCGCCGCGGCAGGGGCUGGCGCCCGCCCCGCCGCCUGAUGCAUUGCUGUUGGCGCCGGCGGGCGCACCACGUGACAUCAGCAUCCUGGUCGCGGCCAUUGAGCGGCUGCUGCAGCGGCCGCCGCCCCGCGGCUGCGUGGGCUGCCUGGUGCUGGCGCCCAGCCGCGAGCGCGCCGCCGCGUUGCACGAGGCGGCGUUUGCACUGCUGGCGGAGCGCGGCGGCGGCGCGGCGGUGGGCGACAGCAUGCACGUGCAGGUGGCCCACGGCGGCGCCCCCUUCCGCGAUGACGUGUCCGCCCUGCGCGCCAACCCGCCGCAGCUGCUGGUGGCGACGCCAGGCCGCAUGGGGCAGCUGAUGAUGGGCGGAGGAGGAGCGGCGGGAGGAGGAGGGGCGGGAGGAGGCGGCAGGCGCGGCGGCAGGCAGCAGGGCGAGGUCCGGCUGGGCCACCUGUUCUCUCACGUGCAGCUGCUGCUGCUGGACGGAGCUGACGCCGUGGCCGCCUCGCCCGAGCUCCGCUGCCAACUGGAAGCGCUGCUGAGGCAGAUGCCGGGAAGCCGCCUGGCGCCGGCGGCGCCGCCGCCCCUGCGAGCGGGUGCCGCCGCCAGGGAUGGUGGCGGCUGUGGGGGUGGUGGGCAUGGGGGUGGGGAUGGGGGUGAUGGGCCAGUGCUGGUGCUGGCGGCGGCGGCGCCCGAUGCGGCGGGGCAGGGCGGAGUGCAGCUCGCCGUGUCGUCCUCGGCAACGGCCAGUGGCCUCAGCCCCGCAUUGCAGGCUCUGACGCGCAUAGCGCUGCGGCCGGGAUUCGCCGUAGUGCGGGCACCCAGUCUGGCGGCUGUUGCCGGCGGCCCCAUUACUGUUGCUGGCAGCGGCGGCGCGGCACGCGGCAGCGGCCCAGCAGCAGCGCUACAGCCGACGGCGGCGGCAGUGGCGGCGGGGCUACAGCCGGGCGCGGGCGGGCAGUGUGACAGCCUGGCGGCUGCAGUGACUGCAGCCCUGUCCCUCCCACCGCCUAGCAGCGGCAGCGGCGGCGCCGCCGCCAGACAAAACAUGGCACCGGCACCAGCAGCAGCUGCAGCGCAGCCGCCGGCAGCAGCAGCAGCAGCCCAACAGCAGUCACAGCCGCAACCGCUGCUGCCACAGCAGCAUCAGUCUGCAGUACAGCCGCCGCAGCCACAGCAGCCGCCGGCACUACAGCCGCCGCCGCUACAGCUGCCGCUGCACGUACUGCCUGUGUCGUACGGCGAGCACCUGUCGUACUUGUACGUGUUGCUCCGGCAGCACAUGAUCGCAGAGGCGCGGCACAAGAUGCUGGUGCAGCUGCCCUCGGCGGCGCUGGCCUCCCUGUACGCCCGCGUCUUCCAGUCCCUGGGCUUUCCGGCGGCCGAGGCGCACGGCCGCACGCCGCCUGCCACACGCGAGGCCGCGGUGCGCGCCUUCCUGUCCGGCCCACGCGGGCUGCUGUUCACCACCCCCGGCGCGGGGCCGGGGCUGCUGGGCGGUGGCGGUCUGCUGGGCAGCAGCUCCCCGAGCCUGGUGGUGUGGGUGGGGCCGCCGCCUCCCACCCAGCUGGCACAGCAGCUGGCGGCGCUGCAGCAGUCCGCGGCUGCUACUGCCGCCUCCUCCGCCCUGGACCUGGCGCUAUUGCCGCCACAGCUCCAACAGCAGCAGCAGCCUCUGCAGCAGCAGCCACCACAACGCCAGAAGUUAGCUCAGCAGCAGCAGCAGCAGCAGGAGGAGGAGGAGCGUCUGCCCGCUGUGGCGAGCGCCCCGCGCCGCCGCGCCGCCGGCAUGCGGCAGCCGGUGGCGCGGGCGGUGCGCGGGCUGCGGGGCGCGGGCCGCAGGCUGGCUUGGCGACACGACCGCGUAGUGCGGCCGGCGGCGGCAGAGAGCCCCGGCGGAAGCGAGUCUCCCACGGCGUCCCCGCCAGCGGCAAUCGCCAACGCUGCUGCUGCCUAUGGCAGUGACAGUGGCGUCGAUGGUACCGUGGAUGCGUCGCAGUUUGUUGCCGCUGAGCCGGCGGCGGCGCCGCUGCCGCCGCCGCCACCGCGCUGCCUGCUGCUGCUCACUGGUCUUGAGCAGUACACGCACGCGCGCGCGCAGCACGGUCCUAGGGGCCGCAUUGGCGGCGGCGGCAGCGGUGGCAAUUUGGCGGCGGCGGCGACGGAUGCAGUGCUGGCGGCGACAGAUGCGGCUCUGUCAGCGGGCGGCCUAGGUCCCUUGUUGGUGUUGCAGCCGGGCUCUUGGACGGUGCCGCUUGAGGCAGUGCAGCGGCGGGUGGCGCAGGCCGUGCCCAAGGUGCCCCUGCCGCUCAAGCAGCGCGCGCUGGAGGGCCUGCUGGGACACCUGUGGGCCGCCGCCGCCGCCCCGGCAGUAGCAGCCCACUCAGCGGGCCGUGGCAGUAGCAGGAGCCGUGUGCCUGACACGCCUCCACAAUCGCAGCAGCAGCGGGCGCAGCCGCUGCAGCUACAGCCUCCAGCCAGGCCGGGCGCGGCCGCGGACGGGCGGCGGACGGGGCCCGGCUCCACGGCGGCACAUGGCCCACUGACUCCCGGGCAGCUGGGCAUGGCAGCCCGCGCCUUCGCAACCGUGAUGGCCAUGCCGCAGCCCCUGCAGCUCAGCCGCAGCGCGGCCGCCGCCAUGGGCCUCUCCCACAUCCCCGGCGUGACCCUGCGCGCGCCGGCGCCACCCACACUUCCCAAGCCGCCGGGGCGGCCGCCGCGGCCGCAGCGCCACUCCAAGCGGCAGAUCAAACUCCGGCGGGAGCGGCGCAAGGAGCUGCGCAUGAGACUGGGGGCGGCCGCAGCGCCGGAGGCGGGCACGGGCAUGGCGGCGCCAGAGAGCGGCCCCGGCGCCGUCGCGAAGGCUGGUGCGAAGCAUGCUGACUAGCUGAGGCUUAGCGAGUAUAGCGACUCUGUCAGGGGGAUGAAAAAAUCUGCACGGGGCGGUGGGGCCGCCCACAAAUCCCACAAGGCGUGUCCCAACCGGCAAGAGUGGGUUCGCGCUUACGGAUGAUUGAGCUGACCAGGGACGGCUUCCGGCCGUCUGUAGAGGCAGGCAUGGUGAUUCGCUCUUUGACUUGUUGUUUGUGCGCUGCGUUCAUCGGUUCAUGUAAAGGAGGAGGUCAAGUCCUUACGGCUCCUGAGCAAGUCCGCAGUGACAUUGGUACCGGGAGGGCGUUCACAGCUCACCGCAUGCUCUGAGCUACAGAACAGGCAC